CUCUGGUUUAGCUGGCUGUGCACACUAGUACACGGUUGCUACAUUCAUGACUGUUAACCUAUGCUGUUAACCUUAACGCAUAUACUAGCCUUCUUGCCAUGUUGAUAUCUUUGGCACUCAGCUAUGAGCAAUUAAAGACGAUUUAGAAAUAUGUUACGGGGACUUUGCACACAUUUUACCAAAUCACUCAAUAACAGAACGUUCAUUUCACGAGUGUGUUCUGCUGAAGUUGAGGCGUAGAAGCUAAUGUUAACAUAGAUUAGCUAAGUAUAACUGCGUGUCUGUGCUGUGGAUGCCACCUGUAAACAUAAUAAUUAAGCACCAUCUGUGACACCACCUGAAUAGCAUUUGUCCGCCAAGCGAGCUAACACUGGAGCUGUCACAAUGAGGAUUUUAAGGUUUCUGAGGAACAGCGUGUCCAUAGGAAAGGACAUUGACUAUUACUCCAAAUUUUCACCCUCUCCUCUGUCAAUGAAGCAGUUUCUGGAUUUUGGCUCAGAAAAUGCAUGUGAGAAAACAUCAUUCGCCUUCCUCAGACAGGAAUUACCUGUGAGGUUGGCAAACAUCAUGAAAGAGAUCAACUUGUUGCCAGACAACUUGCUGAGGACUCCGUCGGUGCGUUUGGUCCAGGGCUGGUACAUGCAAAGUUUUCAGGAUAUUCUUGAGUUCAAAGACAAAAAUGCAGAUGAUGAGAAAGUCACAUAUGAUUUCACAGAUGCGGUAAUAAAGAUCAGAAAUCGGCACAAUGAUGUCAUUCCCACCAUGGCUCAGGGAGUUGUGGAGUACAAGGAGACCUACGGCACAGACCCAGUCGUCAGCCAAAAUCUUCAGUAUUUUCUAGAUCGUUUCUACAUGAGCAGAAUAUCCAUCAGGAUGUUGCUCAACCAGCACACGCUCCUCUUUGGUGGGAAGGUGAAGGUGAACCCAGCUCAUCCCAAACAGAUCGGCAGUAUUGACCCAAACUGUCGUGUCAGCGAGGUUAUCAGAGAUGCCUACGAAAAUGCGCGAACCCUUUGUGACCGGUACUACAUGAACUCUCCUGAGCUGGUGCUGGAGGAAUUCACAGCCAACCCCACCGCUGUGGUCUAUGUCCCAUCUCAUUUGUAUCAUAUGGUGUUUGAACUUUUUAAGAACGCCAUGCGGGCCACCAUGGAGUUAUACGGCGAUGCCAUGGAGUAUCCUGCUAUCCAUGCUCAGGUCGCCCUGGGAACUGAAGAUCUGACCGUCAAGGUGAGUGAUCGCGGAGGAGGCGUGCCGCUGCGCAAGAUUGACCGGUUGUUCACCUACACGUACUCCACAGCUCCUCGACCGAGCAUGGACGGGGCCCGUGCUGCUCCUCUGGCUGGUUACGGGUAUGGCCUGCCCAUCUCUCGACUGUACGCCCGCUACUUUCAAGGGGACCUGAAGCUGUACUCUCUGGAGGGUUAUGGAACUGAUGCUGUGGUCUACAUUCGGGCGCUCUCCACAGAGUCCAUUGAGAGGCUCCCCGUGUACAACAAGUCGGCCUGGAAACAUUACAAGACGAUUCACGAGGCUGACGACUGGUGCAUCCCCAGCAAAGAGCCAAAGGACAUGACAACGUUUCGCAGUUUCUAGAUCCAAAUAACUGGCGCCCUAUAUGUAGCAGCGUGUGUGUGUGUGUGUGUGUGUGUGUGUGUGUGUGUGUGUGUGUGUGUGUGUGUGUGUGUGUGUGUGUGUGUGUGUGUGUGUGUGUGUGUGUGUGUGUGUGUGUGUGUGUGUGUGUGUGUGUGUGUGUGUAAUUAAAGCUGUGGUAGGCACUUCAUUUUUUACCUUGUUGGGGAAAAAUGUCUUAAUAAUCUUUCAGCAUAUUGUAUUUCAGUUGGUUUGAGAGAAAACUAGACUUCUGCAUCUCCUUUUGGGUUUGUUUUGAGGCUUCAGAAAAUCUAGCCAUCACAGGAGACUUUGGCCAAUCAUUAAAUUACAUUACAUGUCAUUUAGCGGACGCUUUUAUCCAAAGCGACUUACAAUUGCUAUAUAUGUCAGAGGUCGCACGCCUCUGUAGCAACUAUGGGUUAAGUGUCUUGCUCAGAGCUCCCACACCAAAGGCAUGUGUUAUAUCCACUGCGCCAUCACCACCCUCACUCACUGGUCAUUUCAGAGAGCGAGAGGGUUCCAAUUGGCUGUUCUGUGCAUGCAUUGCACCAUGCGACAAAGAGGGGAGAGGGAGCGCUGUAAAGAAGAGGUCUCCCUCUACUCAAAUUCUGGCAUGUUUUGUAUUCUACCCACUACAGCUAAAAGGGCUUUUCACACUGGGGGCGACACUUCACCUGCGUAGUUGCGUGGAUCCGUGAGCUACUCGUGAACAGACACGGCGGACAACGCCAGGCGAUCAAUGUGUGGUACGCAUGGAGAUUCUCCUAAUGAGGUCAUAAGGAGCAAGGUUACCUCCCCUUUCUCUGCUUUGCCCGCCCAGAGAAUUUGGCCCACCCAUGAGAGAGAGACAUCAUGGCUUUCAAACGAGCAAAGUGGCAG